CCAUCACCACCACCAGCAUCUCGCUUUCGCUUUCUUCUGAUCCUGCUCCUCGCCGUUCUCGAACUAGCGUCUCGGUUACAGGGCCUGCGUUUUCAGGAUCCCACCGUCUCGCUUUGCUUGCUUGAAACAAGCGUUUUUUUCGACCUUUUCUGGGUCAGGUGGGUGGGAGGAGAUGUGGGCGCGUUCAAGCUAGCGUGGUGGUGGUGAACAUAUCUGGAUUCAUCUGACGCUCGGGAAGCUGUGUUGGGGUGUUGAGCGAGAGUCGGGGGCUGGGCAGGGAUUCUCGUGUUAUGUAGAGGGAAAAGAGUGAGGGUGUUUGACGUGUCGCGACGGAGCUUGGUGACGGAGAUUUGCAGCGACGGGUGGAAGGGGAGAAAAGGGUUUGUGAGUCGGCGAGGUAGAGAGACAGAGAGAGAGGGCGCGGUGCCGGAGUUAUGGACGUUGCAGGCGCAGGUGGGGGAGGGGCCGCGGACGGGAACAUACAAGGAGUGCCCACGCACAACGGCGAGUACACGCAGUACAACAUCUUCGGCAACUUGUUUGAGGUGUCUAGGAAGUAUGUGCCGCCCAUUCGCCCCAUCGGCCGAGGCGCCUACGGCAUUGUGUGUUCCGCUGUGAAUUCUGAAACGGGAGAGGAGGUGGCCAUCAAGAAGAUCGGUAACGCGUUCGACAACAGGAUUGAUGCAAAGCGCACUCUGCGAGAAAUUAAGCUACUGCGGCACAUGGAUCACGAGAACAUUGUGGCGAUUCGCGACAUCAUUAGACCUCCCACCCGGGAAAACUUCAACGACGUGUACAUUGUAUAUGAGCUGAUGGACACGGAUCUUCACCAGAUCAUUCGUAGCAAUCAGCCGCUGACAGAGGACCACUGCCAGUACUUUUUGUACCAGCUACUUCGUGGGCUCAAGUACAUUCACUCGGCGAAAGUUCUUCACCGUGAUUUAAAGCCGAGCAAUUUGCUUCUGAAUGCAAAUUGUGACCUCAAAAUUUGUGACUUCGGUUUAGCUCGAACAACCUCAGAGACUGAUUUCAUGACGGAGUACGUUGUGACUCGCUGGUACAGGGCCCCAGAGCUUUUACUAAACUGCUCCGAGUACACCGCAGCCAUUGACGUGUGGUCGGUAGGCUGCAUAUUCAUGGAACUUUUGAACAGAGAGCCCUUAUUCCCGGGGAGGGAUUACGUCCAACAGUUGCGCCUCAUCACAGAGCUAAUUGGGUCCCCUGAGGACCACGACCUGGGGUUCUUGAGGAGCGAUAACGCGAGACGUUACAUAAGACAGUUGCCUCGAUUCGCCAGACAGCCCUUAGAUAGGAAGUUUCCCAAUAUGGGGCCUGCUGCGAUUGAUCUAGUGGAGCACAUGCUACGGUUCGACCCUGCGCGUCGUAUCACAGUGGAGGAGGCUUUGGCGCACCCAUACCUCGCGACGCUGCACGAUAUAAACGAUGAACCGAUCUGCCAUAGUCCUUUCGAGUUCGAUUUUGAGCAGCCAUCGUUCACAGAGGAGCACAUCAAGGAGCUUAUCAUGAUGGAAGCGAUAGCCUUCAACCCUGGGAAUGUGGGUGACAUGAUGUCCUAGUGGAUUCUUGUGGUACUUCUCCUUUGAGAGCUGUUGCGAUCGGCGCCAGUAAUCUGCUGAGCAAAAGCCAUGGCUCUGUUGUGUGGGUAAAGAGAGCAGUACAAGGAGUCGUGUUGGGCUUGUCCAACCCUCCCUCCUUGUGCCAGUGCAUCGCUCCAUUCCUCUGUCGGUUCUUCCCCAUUUUGAGCGGCAUGCAUGAUCCUAGGGUGGUUUUUAUCUGGGAGACCAACAUUGAUCGAGAGCACUAGCAUACCUCCACUCAACAUCGGCUACUUCGAUCAAUCGCUUUCCUGGCGUAGCUUAGCAGAUCCUAGAGACCUUUCUUUUCCUUGUGCCAGACCUUCCUUGCCGAAGUAUUAGUUUCAUUACCCGCUCUAGAAUGAAACCACUCCUCUGUGAGCUGUGUGGUAUCUAUUAGUGCGUUACAUGCCGAUCAUCGCUUAUUACUCUGUAAUUUAUGCCUUGCCAUUACUGUGGCAGAGCACUGAACUUUGAUAUAAAUUCUCAGUUCUAGAUUAGAUGCUCAAACUAAUCAUUUGGAUUCAUCUCA